UUGCAGUAUUUCUUUCAGUACUCCCAUCCUUAUCACCUCCCUGCUAAUGCUGCUGCUCUUCUACCUCUGCAACGUCAGGCAGAUGGGUGCUAGCUAGCUAGCUAGCUUUGUCUUGCCACAGCUCACGAGAGAGGUAAGCGUGGAUCGUCCCAGAGACACCACUCCUGCUGGUGGUGGUGGUCAGAGCGCUCGUCUCGAGAGGGCUCCUCCUCCGUCAUCUGCCCCGCGCCAUGGCGAGCCGGAGCCGGCAGCAGGAAGCGGCAGCGUGUGGUGGCCCCCGGAGGAGGCGGAGCACGGCGUCAUCGUCGCGGCCCUCGCGCACGUCAUCGGCUCGGGUCCGCGGCGCGCGGCGGCGCACGUCGUCGGCUCGGCGGCGCCGGCGCCGGCCCUGCUCGGUCAGCAAGUGAUGCUGACGCACCGAGCGGCACCUCCCGCGACGACGCCAUCGCGCGAAGCGGACGCGGCGGAGCAGCCACGGACGCGGUACCGCGGCGUGCGGCAGCGGCCGUGGGGCAAGUGGGCAGCGGAGAUCCGCGACCCGGUGAAGGCGGCCCGCGUGUGGCUCGGCACCUUCGAGACGGCCGAGGACGCCGCGCGCGCCUACGACGACGCCGCUCUCCGCUUCAAGGGCGCCAAGGCCAAGCUCAACUUCCCUGCCGUCGCGGCCCCGCACCACCAUGCCGCCGUCCAACUCCUCCAUCGCCAGCAGUCGGUCGCGGCCUCGCCGUCGACGCCGCGGCCCGCACAUCCGCCUCGCGCCACGCCGGCGGGCACAGCUGCUCGUGGUCAGGAGGAGUUCCCAGACCUCUAUCGGUACGCGCACAUACUGCAGAGCGGCGACGUGGACCUGCAGGCCAUCUCCAGUCGACUGACACCGGCACAGUCGUCAACGACGACGGCGUCGUCAUCAUCGGCGGUGGCGCGCGAUGACAAGGGGCCGUCGGCACCAUCUACGGAUCGGCCGCCAUGGCGAGCACCUAGCUAACCAGCUAGAGCACUGAUCACCACCAAAACCGUUCUUCCCCAUUCCCCAAUGCACAUGCUAAAGAAGAGCAGCUAGAUAGCAUUAGCAAAUUAGUUCGGUAGGAAAGUCGACACGUUGAGGAUGUUACUUUACAUGUGAAUGAAAAAUCCUAGUUUGUAUAUAUAUAUAUAUAUAUAAUAUACGCAGACAGGGGAAUCAAAAUUUCAGUAGCAAUAUGUUUAUUUUGACCAUAUUUAUACACUUUUGGCUAAACUUUUCCACUAUAUUGUACCACCAUUGUUUCGGUUGUAACUUCGCUCGGUACUUCAAAGAUGUUUCGAAUUCAUGAGAAUCAUCAGGUAUGUCAAUCGGAAUGAAACGACACAGCGGAGAGCUGCUGAGACAGGGUUUGAUGCAUGGGAUGAUAUAUACUACGUACCUAGCUUAAGCAGUAGUGUAGUCGUAGACAUGUAUAAUCAUGAAGUGUAUAGUAGUAUAUAUACUAUAGUUAGUACGGUCAGCACGAAAGUAAACUUGGUCAAAUGCGUGAUGCAAUGGAAUCGGGAUCUUCUGAUUUCAGAG